GAAAGCGUCACCGCGUGUGAGAGAAGCGCGCGGGAAUCUAUCGGUCCCGUUCUUGAGCAUCCCAACUCGCCGCGACCAGCUGACCGCGACCCAACUCGCCGCAGGUUCCAGCUCGCCACAGGGUCCAACUUGCCGCCGGAGGCGAACGUCUUAGAGCGACUCCCGCUGUCCUGGAGUGAAGGCCCUGCGCGGUCGAGUCUUUUAAUGGUUCUGGAUCACUCAUCAGAACUACCCUUCCGGGAAGGAAAAAAGCGAAAGACAGAACAAAAUCGCGACGAGCUCCACGACCUCAUUCUCCUCCUCAAAGCAACCGAAGAGAAAACGCACAGCAUGGAUGCCCGGCAAAGAUCUAUGCACGAUCAGCUCGAGCUGCUCAAGGAAGGCGCACAGGAGGACGUGUGUAUCAAUAUCGCAAGCCAUUCUUCUGUUCAUCGAAGCUUGCUGACUAACCUGGCGGACAAUGUGACUGAGGCGCUACGCGCCAGUCUAGCAUACGAAAACGAAAUGACCGAAUCAGCAUCUCGAACCCUGGCGUUUGCAAAGACGGAGAUUACCGCUAUCGAGCUCGUGGCCACGCGGCUCAUCACCUCGAUGUGUGCGCUAGAUAUUACCCGCCAUCAUGCCCAAGACAUCAUGGGUAGGGAUGUAAAUUUUUCGCGGACCACCAUUUUUCCGCGAAUAUUAUUCGCGGAAAUUUCCGGCUACUCCCCAUAGAGUUUCAAUGGAGGCCGCGAAUUUGGCGGAAAUUUUCCGCGAAAAAUUUACAUCCCUAAUCAUGGGCGAUGCCGCAGACGACAGUGGACCCGAAGUGAGGUCGUUUCUCCGUGAAGCCACGGAGCUUCACACUGGGAUGCUCCGC